GUAACAUCUCAGCUCCUGAAAUGCCUUCUACAAUCUAUGAACCUAUCAUUGACAGACGUCGUCCAAGUGGCAAGGUGCCUUCGGCCAAAUUUGACCCAGAAAGACAUCUAGCUUUUGAGGAGCCAGUGUCAACAUUAACUUGGCAGGACCUGGGUUAUCCAAAGGAUCACGGCGUAUCGCCUAUUGCAGUGGCACAACCAUUCCGACUUUUUACUGACGAAGCCAUCCAGUACAUGCGGAAUGAGAUCCUCCAAGUCGAAGUUAUGGAAAAGUUUCGUGUUUCUAGUACCAUCGCUGCCAUGCAAGUGCGCGGUUACGUGGAGACGCACGCGCCAUUCAUCUAUGCCGCUUGGAAGCACCCAAAAACACUGGAGAUUCUGUCCCAGGUCAUGGGCAUUGAUCUCAGUAUAAAGGUCGACCAUGAAAUUGGCCAUGUCAACUUUGCUGUAAAGUCUGAGGCGCUCGAAACAGAUAUCGACAUACAAACGGGUGACUCGAGAUACCCUGGUGCGGAUGCUACCACGGGCACCAAGUACGAUGCCGAGAAGGAGGUGGUGGGGUGGCACUAUGACAGCUACCCCUUCUCAUGCGUAACGAUGUUGAGCGAUUCUACCAACAUGGUAGGUGGCGAGACAGCAGUUCAGCUUGGUGACAGCAAGGGCAUUCUGAAGCUAGCACAGCCGAGGCUCGGAUAUGCAACAUUACUACAGGGGCGCUAUGUGCUUCACAAGGGGCUGACCGCAGGUCCUGGCCGGGAGCGGCUAUCAAUGGUGACGUCGUUGUGGCCACGAUCCGCGUUUGUUCGCGACGAGAGUUUCCUCACCAACAUUCGAACCGUGUCAAAUAACAGCCAACUCUACGUUCAGUUUGCCGAGUAUCGAUUAGCCAUGCUAGAGGAGCGUACACGAGCGCAGCUUGAAAACAUCAAGCGCUGCCGCGACAAGGGCGACCAAAUCGACAUGACAGCGCUCAAGACGUUCAUUGCUGAUCAACAAGAGCACCUGCGUAUUACUGAUCUAGCACUACUUGAGGAGAACAUGAUUGAACGUGGCAUUGUCAAGGAGAUUGCGGUGGAGAAUGAAGCCGUUGACGCCACCUAG